AUGCGCAUUUAUCUGUGCGUGCUCUGGGCGAUCCGCGCGUCCGGGCACAACGUCCACAUCGCGGUGGACGCGCAGGGCGCACUGCAGUUGGCCCGCGAUGCAUCUCCAAGGGAACCUCUUCUGCGGCGAAAUGGAGGCUCGAAUGAGACGAGAAGUGAGGUCAUGUUGGAAGAGAACCUUGCCCCCCCCAGGACAGGGAACCAAAGUGGGCACGAGACGCCCGAGUCCCUUCGUGCUGCGGAGAAGGAACGCCAUGCGAUGAGCACCUUGACAUAUGUGUGGUUUCCCAUGGCCGUAGUGCUGGCCCUGCUCUUUGAGGUGCUCCAUUGGCCCUGGGCGGAGGUGGACUGGAACCUCCCCAUGGAGCGCUCCGACGGCCGGGAAGGCUCGGAGAAAGUGGACAGCAGCUUCCUAGGCCUCACGCUGCUGCUGGCCUCCCGUGCCUGGUCUUUGGCGCGGAUCUACUUGGCCGGGGCUGGCCGUGUCAAGGGCCGCUGCUACUUACUGGUUCUCGUGUGGAUUCACAUCCUGGGAAUGUACCUGGAUCUUAUUACCUUCGAUUUCCAGCAGCGCUAUUGGAACCUCUACCAGCAGCCCAGUUUGCCUUUGUUCUUCGAGCUGAUUCGUAACUGGUUCAUUCUGCAUUUCACGCGCAUGAUCACCUAUGUCUACGAGUUCUACGUGGAGGACAUGUUCUUCCUGCACUGCAGGGACCACCUGACGAGAUAUUUCGAGGCCAUUUGGGUGCCGAACACCUACGUCUUCAGGAUGCGAGAGGGAGGCAAGUUCGACAAUCCGGAUCAACGGAUCCACGUGGAUGUGGCCAACUUUGUGACCCAGACGUAUUCCUUGAGCUUCGGAGUUACCAAGAUGAUAGUAAAUAUGCUGAUGUACAGCUACAUGCUGAUGAGCAUAACACCUGCCUCAAUGCAUGCGGGGACUUUGGUGUCCAUCGCCUUUCUGUACUCCGCUGUGGGCUCUGCUGCCAUGCACUUCCUGGGCGCCCAGCUGGCGCACUUUUCCUGGCAAGGCGAGCGCUGCGCCGGGGACUUCCGCUCCGAGCUGCGGCGCGUCUACGACCAGAGCGAGACCGUGGCGUCCCUGCGCUCCGAGGGCGCGGAGCUGCAGCGGCUGAAGCACCGCUUCGAGAAGAUCAAGCUGAACACCUGGCAGUCGAUGCUUCUCGAGAAGCGCCUGGCGAUUCUUCAGAAGUGGUACAGCCCGCUGCGGGAGGUUCUCUUUAUGUGUAUUUUGGCUCCCUUCUUCAUCAGAGGGGAGGUGAGCCUGGGGCGGCUCAAGCAGAGCGAGAGUGCUCUGGACAAGAUCAGCGACUCGCUGAGCUUUUUGGUGGACAACUACUCGCGGCUGUCGGUGUACCGUGCCACCGUGGACCGUCUCCACAACUUCCGGCACAGCUGCCUGACCUAUCUCCACCAGGAGAAAAGCAGCCGUCAGGCACAAGACACCCAGCUCAUCCAGACCUUGGCGCUUCUUGGGUUGCCCCCCGGCUGGCCCAAGCGCCUGGGCGGCGCCGACGCGCCACCAGCGCCGGCAGCGCUUCCGGCUUCCGCCGCUUCCGGAGGCCCGCUGCAGCUGGAGGCAGCUUUGCUGUUGCCCUCGGGUGAGCUGCUCAUUGAUGUGCAGCUUGAGGUGCCGGCGGGCGCUUGUGUCCUCCUCUGUGGCAAGGAGGGGGCGGGAAAGUCCACCAUCCUCAAGGCCAUGGCGGGCAUGUGGCCCUUCCUACGAAAUACAAGAGCACCUCCUUCCAACGACAUGGUCCUCAUUCCGCAGAAGCCGCGCUUGCCAAUGCCGCUGACCUUGCGGGAGGCUGUGAGCUUUCCGCAGAGCAGCACAAAAUGGAGCGAGGAGGAGAUUCGCGCUGUGCUGGACCGAGUGGGCCUUUCUGACUUCGCCCAAAAUGGCUUGGAUGUUCAACUGGACGUGAACAGUUCACUCUCCGGCGGCGAGUUCCAAAAGCUGAUGGUUGCACAUUGUCUUUUGCAGAAGCCCGCCUGGGUCCUCCUGGAUGAGUCCAUGGCGCACAUGUCAAGUGCCAACCGCGUGAAGAUGUACCAACUGCUCACGGACGAGCUGGUGGCCCACGGCAGCGGCCUCAUCAGCACCAGCCAUAGCUGGCAGGAGCUGGUGUCAUUCCACGGCCAUUUCUACAGAAUCGAGACCAGCCGGACAGAUGGUACGCAAAUGCAUCGGGAGCUGCAGACAUUCGAUCCCAAAGAGGCGCUUGGUGAGGAUGAAUUGGCGCUCCGGGUCAAGGAUAAGGAUGCCGAGAUAGCUCGGCUUCGACAGGAACUUGUUCAACUCCAGCGCGAUCGAAGGAAUAGCGAGAGAGCCAAUUGA